UGAAUUGAAGACAGAGGACAUAGUCUGAAUGGCUGUUUUAACAGUCACUGGAGGAAGUUUUUAUGCAUCGAACACCAGAACCAGGUAUGGCUGGGAAGCCUUUCCGGGCCACGUACAUCUGGGGAAGCAUCAUCUCCAAUCUCCACACUCAUGUAGAAGUUAAGCGCCGGCGCCACAACCUUAAGUCCUACCAUGACUGCUUCCUUGGCUCAGAGGCGGUGGACGUGGUGCUGGCACACAUCACCCUGAACCGUUUCUUUGGUGAUGAUGCGGUGCCCCGCUACAAGGCCGUCCGGCUUUGUCAGGCCCUGAUGGACUCGAGGGUGUUUGAGCCGGUGGGCGUGAAAGUAUUUGGGAAAGAAAAGAAGCGAGCCACAUUUGAGGACAGCAGCUGCAGUUUGUACAGGUUCCUGAGCCCGACGACCGGCUCCACAACAUCGCUGACCAACACCAAGUCUCACUCCACGACCACCAUUGAGAGCGGCUAUGACUCACCGAGCAUGAACAGGAACAAGAACAGCUACAGUCCGUCACGUGAAAGACAAGGGGUGCUGAGCUACUCCAGCCACUCUCCUGUAAAAACAGACAAAUCACUGGAGGACGUGCUGGGAAACCUCAACCUGAGCUCUACCAUCACCCCUCAGAUGAUCAACCUCGGCCUCUCACAAGAGCUUGUGAACGAGGUGUGGCACCAGCAGGCGGUGUUCAGGCUGUUGCAGCUGAUAGAGCUCCCCCUGUUGGAGAAGCUGUUGGAAGGCAAAGACCCGUCCCGGCCUCCCCUGCAUGGCAUGGACAGUGACCCCGACCUGUUGUACACAUCAAGCUACCUAGACAGAGAAGUUCUCAAGGCCUUCAGUGAAGCACAGGCUGAUGAGUGGAUGUCAGGGGCUGUGGACUGUCUGGAGUUUCUGCCUGAUGAGCUGGUGGUGGAGGUCAGUCGAGGUUUAGCUGGCUGUGCAGACGACCUGCUCCGAUGUAAGAGUCUGCUCUAUGACGUCCUGGCUCAGCAUUACGGUCACACCCAACAGCCACCUCUGCUCAGCAACCACAUUUUCGACAUUCACUCCGGCAUCUCGGAGCUACUCGUGAAUGGCAAGCAAGAGCCGGCUCUAGAGGCUCUGCAGCUGAGUCUGAAGCUGCAGGAUUCUCGCAGCAGGGAGGAGCUCCGCAGGCUCCUGAGAUUCAUGGCUAUCGCAGCCAAACCACAGGAGGUCAAACUGCACAAGGAGAUUGAGAACAGAAUGGCGGUGAAAAGGUCAUUCUCAAGUUCAAUUGUCUACAGCAGAAGACUCUCCAAAGGAAAGGUGGACCUGAUGGUUCUCUUCAUGAUGGAUAACCACUGUGAUCUGUUCAAAAUUCCUGUUUCAUUGCACAAGAUGGUCAGUGACAGAAUAAUGAAUAUUUUGAAUGGGAAGGAUCCAGAUGCAAUAACAGGAUCAGCAUACUGCACAAGACUGAGCGCUCAGGCCUUCUCAGAAAAUGCACAAAAAACCACUAAAGAGGAACUCUGGUCUUUACUGCGGACAGUCCAUGAGAACCCUAAACUCUCUGCGAAAGAAAAAAGACGGCUGCUGGGACAGUUUUAUAAAGGCCACCCAGAGAUUUUUGUUCAGUACUUUGGAAAUAGAUUAUCAAGUGUCAACAUGUUACUACAGUGAUAUUUAUUUGUUUAAAAUAGGUCAUGUAUUAUAAUGUAAAAAGAGGUAGAAGUAAGAACAAAAGCUAAUGUGAUGUAAAUGAUGUGAAGAUGUGCAGUGUAUGUGGAUUUUAUUUGUUUAUAUAUAGAAAGUUUAGACUACUGAACAAGAAUGUGAAUGUGAAUUGUGGAGACUUGUAAUAAGCUGCAAUAUUUAAGGACAUGUUUCAUUUCUUAGAUAUUUUCUUUGGUGCAGGACACUAAUAUGAAAUGUCCUUGUCAAUUAUGAAUAGGACUGUUACUUUCCCAAUGUAACAAAAUGAACCAAGUGUUCUCGAGAGUUUUUUUUAUGUUUUCACACUGCAACGCGUCUUGAUGGGAUUCGGACAAGUCAUGCAUAUAUCGCUUUUUCAAUGGAUGUAUUCUUUGUGCUUGUGCAAUAGGAACAGUGUUAGCAAUAAAAAUGUGUCUGUUCAUGUGGUUUCUCAUAUACAAUGUGAUGCACAGUAGAGCUAUGUCUUGAGGAACCCUCAAACGGAAAUUUGAACCUGGAAAUUUGAAAGUCUGAUGUUGUGCUGUCGUAAACAGUCGGAGGCAUUCAUGAGAAGCAGCCCUCUGGGUUUUUCUGUUUGUUGCAACAUAUCAGCAAAACAGAUGCUUGUAUGUUUUUUUGUUUUUUUUUAACUUAAAACCUUAACCACGUUUUAGUGGUAUCUUCAGGGUUCUGUUUUUAAUAAAGGUUAUGUAUUCUUUUUAAUCAGCCGAGGAAAUCGCUUCCACAUUUCCAGGUGACAAAAGCAUUUCCAGAUUGGGUUUAAAACACUCACAUCUUGUUUGUAUUUUGGCAAAUGUUAAUAAAAUUCAACUGGAAUUGUCAAA